AUGAUCAAAGUGAGAGGUUGGCAGGUUUCGCCAUAUGAAAUCGAAGAAGCAGUCCAAUCGUUGCCGGAAGUGGAAAUAUGCGCCGUGAUUGGUGUGCCCGAUGAAGCCAGUGGCAAAUUCGCGAGCUACAAGCAGCUAAAGGGCGGCAUCGAAUUCAUCAGCAACAUGCCGCUUACUGGCUCAGGCAAAGUAGCGCGUACCGAGCUGCUCAGAAUGCACAAUAAACGAAGGACCAAAUUGGUCGACCCUGCCAAAGGUCAUUUCAAAUGA